CGGGACUCGGCGCGGCGGCGGCGGCCGGGGGCCCUGCUGGCGGCGGCGGCCCCUGGCCCGAGGGCGCCGCCGCGCACCUGGGCGCCGGGCGUGGGCUCCCAGAAGGUGUGAAGCUCGACGCGCCAGUGCCCUGCCGCGAGGCCGGCGUGGCGUUCUGGUCGGUGGGCGGCCCGUCCAAGGCGCGGGUGCGCGUUACGGAGGACGCCAAGGGCGUGCUCCAGCUCGGGUCCGACUUUGCGGUGGGCAUCCGCUUCCGGGCCGGCCGCGCGCCCGCGGGCGGCGCGCUGGCCGGGUGCGACAGCGUGGUCCUGGGCGCCGACAACAAGCACUGGCUGGCGCUCCAGGACGGCCGCCCGUGCCUGGUCGACGGCGAGUCGGGGGGGUACUUCUUCCUCGAGGUCCCCGACGCCGAGGCAUCGCGAGCGCGGGAGGCUGGCACGUGGACGACGAUCUUCCUUCAGCCCUCGGGCGAGGGCGCCACGACCGUCGUGGCCAUAGACAGCGAGGGCCCACUGGAGCUCGGCGUGGCCCCGAUCAGCCUGGCGGGCAGCAAGCUGAGGACGCUGGGCUGGGCGCCGAACGAACUGUUUGUGUCCAUCUCCUCAUCUGGGAGAGGCGCGUGAGCUGGUCGGAGAUGGGCGCCAUGUCCUCGGUCUCGCCGCCGCCACCCGCACCAGCCCCGCCCGAGAAGCCCCGGGCGAAGUUCCGCGGGCAGGUCGUGGACCUGUCUGGGCAAGCAGUGCCAGACGUCAGUGUGAACUGGGGCCGGGGCGGCUGCUUCGCUGGCUGCGAAGUGACCGACGAGGACGGCUGCUUCAUGGGGGACAUCUCCGACGCCGAGACCGAGGUGCCCGACGACGCUGCCAGUGGUGGAUCGACCGCGUCCACUUCCACGAUGUUCUCCUUCACACGCGAAGGCUUCGCGCCCACUUCUGCGGCGUCGCCUUGCCAGGGUGGCGGACCCGAGACCGUCCUGCGGGUGGCGCUGAGACCAAUCUCCGCCACGGCCGUCCUCGACGCAGCGGUCGGAGGGCAGCUGGUGGAUCCUGCCAGCGGCUCGAGCGUAUCCUUCCCGCCAGGCGUGCUGGUGCAGCAGGACGGCUCUCCAGUAGUGGGCCCUGUCACGGUCAGCCUCUCCGUGAUCGACGCGACCGACCCGGCCGCCCUUGCGUCGAUGCCUGGCGAUUUCUCCGCGGUGGACGAGAACGGGUGCGCGUGCUACCUGCAGUCGCUAGGGGCGAUGUGGGUGGGUGCGCAGGACGGAAGCGGGGCCGACCUGGCUAUCAAAGAGGGCGCCGCUGGCGUCACCGUGGACCUCAAGUCGAGCGCCACGGCGGACAUGGGCAAGCUGGGGGUCGGCGCCGAGAUGUGGUCUUUCGACGAAGCCUCCGGCAAGUGGCAGCAGGAGACGAGCACGCCGCUCAAGAUAGAUGGCAGGACAGCGCCCAACAGCGCCGCCAGCAGCGCGACAGUCAUGGGCGAUUCCGACGAAGACCUGCGGCCCAAAGGUGGCAUAAAGACCCAGAAGAAGGGCGGGAAAAUGCGUCGGGGGGUGGCGUACGAGGCGUCGGGUUCGGCGACAGCAAAAGCUUGCAUGUCGCCAGAGGAUUUUGCACAGAUUGUGAAGAAGCCUGGGCCAAAGACGUUGUCGACUAACAUCACAAAGCUAGGUUACAUCAACUGCGAUUUGAUGUACCACCACCCCCAGAGGGCAGUGAUGCUGCAGGGCAGGAUGCUUACCGAGCAACGGGAGCCUCUGGCUGGGGUGCAGCUGUGGUGUGUGGGCCGAGACUAUGGAGGCAGAACCCCCGAUGUGACGGAUGCGGACGGCAAGUUCAAGGCCAUGGUCGCGCAAUUCGAUUCUACGGUCGACAUCGAGGUCAGCAUUCCCAAACCGCUUCCAAACGACGACGUAAUCGAGGUCUGCUUCGACCAUCUGGAGUGGUAUCGGAGACUUCCGAAGGGUUCGGUGACCAAGAAGCUGGACGCAGUGCCGGGCAAGUAUCUGAAGGGCGCCCCAGUAGACGGACAGCCUGCGUGGUAUCCCAAGCAGAGGAAGACACGCAAUGACGAGCCAUCGAUGGGUCCGGUUGUCAAGAUCAUCUGGUGCCAGACCCGGCACCAGUGGCGGCAUCUCGUGGACGAUCUCGUGGUGUUUUGCAAGGAAGGGUCCGAGUCUCCCGUCGGAUCAGGCUGGCGGGUGGCGCCUACGUUUCAAGCGGAGCUUGUCGGGCAAAGCUGCUCCACAGACCCGAUCGGGGUGCCGACCUAUUCGAGAGCAGUCAGAAUCGAGAAGAUGACGGUCGGUCCUUUCCAGACGGGCCCGCCUGGAGAGUUCGUUGACGUCGGCGAAUCGCUGGUGCCGCAGCCCAUCACACCUAUCCUGUCAUGCGCCUCCUCUCCCAUGUAGGACCGAGCGUGUUAAACAAGUGCCCUUGAACAUGCAGUUUACAUGCUAACUUGCUAACUGCCGUGCGAAUUCACAAAAUAGUUUCAUGUUUCAGGACCUUUUGGAACAGGCUGCCUCUUAGUGGCGGCCAUGCAAACAUAUUUCCUAUAGGAAGUCCUUAUGUAAGGGUGCCACAAAUGGUGUUGAUGUUGAUGUAGAUGUAGAUGCAGGUAUAGAUGUUCAUGUAGCUGUCAGUGUAGAUGUAGAUGCUGCUUUCCUAGAUGUUCCAACUCCUAGGUAGGGUCGCACUGGGAUAAUUCAAUCAUUCUGUCGGGCGCCGUGGGGUCAUGGCGCAGGCAGCGCUGCAUUUUUAGCCUGCCACCGACAAGACCAACAGCUUUCCGUCUCCUCCAGUCACUUUCGUCGUCGUCCUCUGCCCCCUGCCACUUCUCCUCUGCGGAUGCCGCGCUGACGGCUCGGCCCCCCGCGGGGCGAAAACGUGGAAUGGGCGCAGAAGGGAGGAAAGCGAGGACCCCCAUCCCUGGCCAGGGCCACACUGAGCCCGCAGGGAUGGUUUGUACAGCCGUGCUUCCUUCUCCACUCCAUUGACACGAGCAUCCCUCUGUCGGCCAGGUCGCCUGAUUCUGCGUGGCAGGAUCGACCGGCGCUUCUUGGCGCCGACGCGCGCGCAGCGUCUUGCCGCUAGCGGCAUCGUUGGCUGGAGUUCGUUCGGAUCCGUUCGUGGGGCUGGGAAAACUAGCUACGUCAGCUGAUCCGAUCAACUCC